AUGGGGAUUUUCGUGUCGACUUGGGCGAUCGCGUGUUUUGGCCUUUCCUACCCUGUCUGGGGUUCGAGCUCCGCUGAAGGCAAAAGGAAGUCGGAGCUUUGCUUGUCCGGUCCGGUCAGGCCCGGUACACGAUGCAGUGAAAUGUGGCGCAGAAUCAGGUCUUCACUUCACUUCACCGUGAGCAGCCUUCCUAAUGGUGAGAUGGAAAAAUCAGCCAAAACUGAUGCACCUCUACAACAAUCGGGCUCGUGA